CCUAAUUAGGUCGCCAAACCGCGCUUGCGACAGAGAUGCUGCGGAAGUCGGGCACCCAGCGCCGGCAGCCGCUGCUGUGGCGGCGGUGCUGCAGCCUCCGCCAAAUCAAGCAGGUCCAUGCUAUCAUGGUCCUCAGGGGCUUCCUCUCCGACCCCUCGGUGCUCCGGGAGCUCCUCUUCGCCUCUGCUGUCGCCGUCCGCGGCGGCAUCGCGCACGCGCGCCUCGUGUUUGACCGAAUCCCGCACCCGGACCGGUUCAUGUACAACACCCUCAUCCGCGGCGCCGCACACAGUGACGCGCCCCGGGACGCCGUUUCCAUCUACGCGCGCAUGGCUCGGCACCGCGGCGACUGUGGAUGCGGCGUGAGGCCGGACAAGCUCACCUUCCCGUUCGUGCUCCGCGCGUGCGCCGCCAUGGGCGCGGGCGCCACCGGGGCGCAGGUGCACGCGCACGUCGUCAAGUCUGGGUGCGAGUCCGACGCUUUUGUCAGGAACGCGCUCAUCGGCAUGCACGCGAGUUGUGGGGAUUUGGGUUUCGCUGCUGCUCUGUUCGACCGCACAGCGCGCGGGGACGCCGUGGCGUGGUCGGCGAUGAUCUCAGGGUGUGCAAGGCGAGGGGACAUUGGUGCCGCCCGGGAGCUGUUCGACGAGAGCCCUGUGAAGGACCUCGUGUCUUGGAACGUGAUGAUCACGGCGUAUGCCAAGCGGGGAGAGAUGGCCCUGGCGAGAGAGCUGUUCGACCGGGCUCCUGCUUGUGAUGUCGUGUCGUGGAACGCCAUGAUUUCUGGUUACGUGAGAUGCAGCUUGCACAAGCAUGCAAUGGAGCUCUUUGAGCAGAUGCAGUGCAUGGGAGAAAAGCCAGAUGUUGUCACAAUGCUCAGCUUGUUGUCAGCCUGUGCCGACUCCGGUGAUCUGGAUGUUGGCCGGAGGCUGCAUAGCUUUCUGUCAGAGAGGUUUUCAAGAACCGGGCUUACCACUGUUCUUGGAAAUGCGCUGAUUGACAUGUAUGCGAAGUGUGGGAGCAUGAGGAGUGCACUUGAGGUGUUCUGGUCAAUGCGAGAUAAGGAUGUCUCAACUUGGAACUCGAUCAUAGGAGGAUUGGCAUUGCAUGGACAUGUGAUAGAGUCCAUAGAUGUGUUCGAGAAGAUGCUGAAGGGGAAUGUCAGGCCAGACGAGAUCACCUUUGUUGCUGUUCUUGUUGCCUGCAGCCAUGGUGGGAUGGUUGACAAGGGGCAUGAGUACUUCAACUUGAUGCAACAACUGUACAGGAUUGAACCCAAUGUCAAGCACUACGGUUGCAUGGUUGACAUGCUGAGUCGUGCAGGACUGCUGAAAGAAGCGUUCGAGUUUAUCGAUACGAUGAAGGUAGAGCCUAAUUCUGUCAUAUGGAGGACGUUGCUUGGGGCUUGUAGGAUCCAUGGUGAGAUUGAACUGGCUGAACAUGCAAAUAGGGAACUGCUUAAGGCAAGGAGUGAUGCAAGUGGGGAUUAUGUGCUCCUCUCAAACAUCUACGCUUCAGUUGGAGAAUGGCUGGGGUCCGAGAAGAUGAGAAAGUUGAUGGACGACAGUGGUGUCAACAAAGAGGCAGGCCGAGCUGCUGUAGAUGGCAGUACAAAAAACCUAAUGCAAUAUUCUAGACAGUUCUAAUCACGUUCUAGGUUUAAAGGAUUUUUUUUGUCAACUAUCGAGCUUCUGUGCUGAAUCAAGAAAUUGAACAAUUGGACUGGUGUUUCUGCGGAUGAAGAUCAAAAGGUUAAAUGCUACACGCUAUAGUUGACUCUAAUCGUCAGACAUACUGCUAAGAUUUUCCGCAGAUACACAGCUAAAAGGCUUGUUACUGAUUAGCAUUCAAGUCAAGCAUAUAAACAGGAGCACAAGGAACUAGCUCAAAUGGAAUGGUGGUAUUCGAAGACCUCUAGUAUUUUCUGGAUAGCCGCAAUCUUUUCCUGAACUUGAGCAUGGGAGAGAGGAGAUGGAAAGUGCAGCAUGAUCAUUGACCUUGUGACACUGCAGUGAAACAUUGGAAACAUCAGUUUGCACAUGAUUAUGCGUUUUCAUUUUGGAGUUUUGGACAAUCUUUAGGGAGUGGCAAAAGUCACACCUCGAGCAACGCAACGAACGUACAAGCAUACGGUGUAAAUAUCGCUACACUUCAAGGGGUGUGACUACUAAUUCGCAACCCUAUCAGUCUCAAAGAAGGUUGGAAACAACCCUAGAAUUCCAUAAACGGGGGAAAUAAGUAUGCUGGAUGUAUUCACAAGCAAAAUUUUAGAAUCCAGAGGUUGCAACUUGCAAGUCAGGCUAAAUUAGUAUCAGAUUGACAUGUGAGCCGAGCAUGAUAAUGCAAACCAGGCCAUGCGCAUCAGAUGGGAAAUUUAAAUGAAUAGGAUAUACACAACCAAAGGCUGACCUUCACUUUCUGCUGAUGUGGCGAGGAAGAGAUACAACUAAUCCACGUAAAACAAGUUGAUCACACAACCUCUCUGCAAUAUCGGACACACCGGCCUUCCAUGGUUUCAUCAAAAAGUUGAAUGAUGUCGAUGGCUUCAGCUUUGAAGAACCAUUGGGUUGUUGGUGCUUCAUCUCAUCGUGGAUACGAGCAACAGAUCUCAUGGCUGCUUCAAGCUAUUGGCUUGGAACCACAAUGUGAUCAAGGGGAAGCAAUUCUUGCCCAGAGAAAAGGUUGCUUCAACUGGUUGGCAGAUCAUCAGAGCUGUACCGAAAAAUUCCAACAAUGUACUUUCCUUAGCACAGCAUUAAUUAUUAUCUGAUCUUGCGCUGUUCUUUUACACAAAAAAUGAAAGAAAAAUGCUGACUUAAAUUCUUGGGGAUAUUGAAUUACAAAAGGCACAAAUUUCCAUAAAGAUUAUCCUGGUAGAAUAAGGGCAAAAAAGAAUAUGCUUUCCACGUUAUUUUGAAGAGAUUUGGUUGCUUGAUCAGAAAUAUUAUGUAAUAAAGUUCAAAUUUCAGAAAACUAAGGUUAAGAUGCCUUCUUCAUCCAAGCAUACUGCAAAAUUUGUAUCAAAAUGAAUAAAUCUAUCAGUUUUAUUCAAACAAAGACACAAUCUAAACAUUCAUUGAAAUGCACGCUGAAGCACAAAAGAGAUGCAGUGAUAUUUAGUCAUGGUGUUAGGCUAUUCGCCUCCAUAUGAAGAAUAAGUGGUGGGAGAAGGGCAUGAAGGCCAACGUGAAAAGCAUCAAAUCACAACAAGAUUUGGACGAACAGCUUCUGAUGGCUGGAGAUAAAAGCUCACCGUGGUGCAUUUAGUUUCCCCUAGUUUUGGAGCUUGUAAGGCCUUACAAAGGUACAUCAAUUUGCUGAGAUGCAUCCAGGAUUGCAAUUUCUUAUGGUCAACUACGAUGAACAUACAGAGAUCUGUCACAAGCUCAAUGUCCAUGUCUUGCCAAUGUUCUGCUUUUAUAGAGGUGUAGAAGGUCGUAUCUGUAGCUUCAGCUGCACAAUUUCAACUAUUCAUAAGUUCAAAGCUGCUUUGAAAAGGCACGGGGUUCAGACAAAGAAUCUUGCAGCAGAAAAGGGCUAGGAAGAAUCUGAACUCAAGAGCUCUGCCUCACCUACUGAUAUCCCAAAUGGAAUUGAUGCUUCACAGGACACGGAUGGAGAUGUCGGCCUUAUUGCACCCAGCAAUGAAUAGAAUCAGUAUUAUGCUGCAGAAUGCACGGUUUGGUAGUUUGUAUGCAUGCCAAGUGUUUGUUGAGGGCCCUAUGUUUUGAAAAUUAGGGCCCAAUGUGGAAUUUGCACUCAACGGCACUAUGCUUUUAAAAAAAAUAAUCAGAGCUACUCAACAUGAAAUGGGUAUCUAGUUUUGUA